GAGAGCUCUAUUUAGAAAACAAGAACUUGGUGAUGCCUGAGGAAGCGAGGAGAGACUUUAAAUGUAGAGUGUCUGGCCAGGAAGCAUAAGCUGGGACAAGGUGCAGUGAUGCUGGAUGGUAGGGAAGCUGUGGAAACCUGAAGAUGCGGGUCCUGACUGAAUUGGCUGCUUCUGGAACAGACUGGAUGAGGAUGAACAUACUCUGAGGAGCCCGGGGGCCGCUCUGCCAGAGUUUGUUUGAAGAGAAGCCAGGGAUUUUUGUCCCUGAGUCAUGGAAGACAGAAGAGCUGAGAAGUCAUGUGAACAAGCGUGCGAAUCACUUAAGAGGCAGGACUAUGAAAUGACCCUCAAGCACUGCACAGAGGCCCUCCUUUCUCUCGGCCAGUACUCCAUGGCCGACUUCACAGGGCCAUGUCCACUGGAGAUAGAAAGCAUCAAAAUUGAGAGUCUUCUUUACAGAAUCGCCUCGUUUUUGCAACUGAAAAACUAUGGGCAAGCUGAUGAAGAUUGUAGGCAUGUGCUGGGGGAAGGCCUGGCCACGGGAGAUGGUGCCUUCCAGGCAGUGCUUUGCUGCAUGCAGCUGAAAGGAAAGCUCCAGCCUGUAUCCAGCAUUCUUGCCAAGUCGCUGACAGGAGAGUCCCUGAAUGGGAUGGUAACAAAAGAUUUGACAAGACUGAAAACACUUCUCACAGAAACAGAGACAGCAACUAGUAACGUCCUGUCUGGAUAUCACGUGGAAGGCUUGGAAGGGGGAUCUUGUAAUGGUUGGCAUUUCCGCCCACCACCUAGGGGAAUCACAAGCAGCGAGGAAUAUACUUUGUGUAAAAGAUUUUUAGAACAAGGCAUCUGUAGGUACGGUGCCCAGUGUACUUCAGCGCACUCCCAGGAAGAACUAGCAGAAUGGCAGAAACGAUACGCCUCGCGGCUGAUAAAAUUGAAACAGCAAAACGAGAAUAAACAGCUCUCAGGCAGUUACAUGGAGACCUUGAUAGAAAAGUGGAUGAAUUCAUUAUCUCCUGAGAAAGUGCUUAGCGAAUGUAUAGAGGGAGUAAAAGUUGAGCAUAAUCCUGAUCUGUCGGUUACUGUCAACACCAAAAAGUCUCACCAGACAUGGACCUUUGCUCUUACUUGUAAGCCUGCAAGAAUGCUGUGUCGGGUAGCGUUGCUCUAUGAUGCACAUCGUCCUCAUUUUAGUAUCAUUGCAAUAUCUGCCGGAGAUAGUACUACCCAGGUAUCGCAGGAAGUCCCAGAGAACUGUCAAGAAUGGAUAGGAGGGAAGAUGGCCCAAAAUGGAUUAGAUCAUUACGUGUAUAAAGUCGGGAUAGCAUUUAACACAGAAAUCUUUGGAACUUUUCGCCAAACCAUAGUUUUCGACUUUGGAUUGGAACCGGUACUCAUGCAAAGAGUAAUGAUUGAUGCGGCUUCUACAGAAGAUCUUGAAUACCUGAUGCAUGCAAAACAACAGCUAGUAACCACAGCUAAGCGUUGGGAUUCUUCUUCUAAGACUAUUAUAGAUUUUGAACCUAAUGAAACUACUGAUUUGGAGAAGAGCCUUCUUAUCAGAUACCAAAUUCCUCUCUCUGCUGACCAGCUGUUUACCCAGUCGGUUUUAGACAAAUCAUUGACCAAGACCAACUAUCAGUCACGGCUGCAUGACCUUCUUUAUAUUGAGGAGAUAGCCCAGUAUAAAGAAGUCAGCAAGUUCAACCUUAAAGUGCAAUUGCAAAUUCUAGCAAGCUUCAUGCUUACGGGAGUUUCUGGAGGCGCAAAGUAUGCUCAGAAUGGACAACUUUUUGGUCGCUUUAAGCUUACUGAAACACUUUCUGAAGAUACUUUGGCUGGACGGCUGGUGAUGACCAAAGUCAAUGCUGUUUAUUUAUUACCAGUCCCUAAAGAGAAGUUAGUACAGACCCAGGGAACCAAAGAGAAGGUUUAUGAAGCUACUAUUGAAGAGAAAACAAAAGAAUAUAUAUUUUUAAGGAUAUCCAGGGAAUGCUGUGAAGAACUUAAUCUUCGGCCUGAUUAUGACACACAGGUUGAACUUCAGUUUCAAUUAAAUCGAUUACCCCUCUGUGAAAUGCAUUAUGCACUAGACAGGAUCAAGGACAAUGGGGUUUUGUUUCCAGACAUCACUAUGACUCCAACCAUACCUUGGAGUCCCAACAGACAGUGGGACGAACAAUUGGAUCCUCGGCUGAAUGCAAAACAGAAAGAGGCUGUUCUGGCCAUCACAACUCCUCUUUCAAUCCAGCUGCCUCCCGUCCUCAUCAUCGGGCCCUAUGGGACAGGCAAAACGUUCACUCUAGCUCAGGCCGUCAAGCACAUACUCCAGCAGCAGGAGACGAGCAGGAUUCUCAUUUGCACCCAUUCUAAUAGUGCUGCUGAUCUCUACAUAAAGGAUUAUUUACAUCCAUAUGUAGAAGCAGGCAAUCCCCAGGCAAGACCUCUCAGGGUAUAUUUCAGAAAUCGCUGGGUUAAGACUGUCCACCCAGUUGUGCAUCAGUACUGUUUGAUCUCAAGCGCACAUUCCACCUUUCAGAUGCCACAGAAAGAAGAUAUUCUUAAACACCGAGUGGUGGUUGUUACAUUGAAUACUUCCCAGUACCUCUGUCAGUUGGACCUUGAACCUGGGUUUUUUACACACAUUCUGUUAGAUGAAGCUGCCCAGGCCAUGGAGUGUGAAACCAUUAUGCCUCUAGCGUUAGCAGCUAAAAAUACGCGGAUUGUCUUGGCUGGUGACCACAUGCAGCUCAGUCCUUUUGUUUACAGCGAGUUUGCCAGGGAGAGAAACCUUCAUGUGUCAUUACUUGAUCGACUCUAUGAGCAUUACCCUGCCGAGUUUCCGUGUAGGAUCCUCCUGUGUGAGAAUUACCGCUCCCAUGAAGCUAUCAUCAAUUACACCUCUGAGCUCUUCUAUGAGGGCAAACUGAUGGCCAGUGGAAAGCAACCAGCACACAAGGAUUUCUACCCACUAACUUUCUUUACAGCACGAGGGGAAGAUGUACAAGAAAAAAAUAGCACAGCUUUUUAUAAUAAUGCAGAGGUCUUCGAAGUGGUGGAACGUGUGGAAGAGUUGAGACGGAAGUGGCCGGUAGCAUGGGGGAAGUUGGAUGAUGGCAGUAUUGGCGUGGUGACUCCGUACGCUGAUCAAGUGUUUAGGAUACGUGCUGAACUUCGGAAAAAGAGAUUAUCUGAUGUUAAUGUAGAAAGGGUGCUAAAUGUUCAAGGAAAGCAGUUCAGAGUUUUGUUUCUUAGCACAGUACGUACAAGGCAUACUUGUAAACACAAACAGACACCAAUUAAAAAGAAAGAGCAACUGCUGGAAGAUUCCACAGAGGAUUUAGAUUAUGGUUUUUUAUCUAACUACAAGCUUCUCAAUACUGCCAUCACAAGAGCACAAUCUCUGGUUGCUGUGGUGGGUGAUCCCAUCGCCCUGUGCUCUAUCGGAAGAUGCAGGAAAUUUUGGGAGCGGUUUAUUGCCCUGUGUCAUGAAAAUAAUAGCCUACACGGAAUCACUUUUGAACAGAUCAAAGCUCAGCUAGAGGCUUUAGAACUAAAGAAGACAUAUGUGUUGAAUCCGCUGGCACCUGAAUUUAUCCCCCGGGCUCUAAGACUGCAGCAUUCAGGAAAUACCAACAAACUGCAGCAGUCACCCCCCAAGGGGAAAAGCCUCCAUCAUACCCAGAAUGAUCAUUUCCAGAAUGAUGGAAUUGUUCAGCCCAAUCCUUCUGUACUUAUUGGCAAUCCUAUUAGAGCAUAUACUCCUCCACCCCCCCUUGGACCUCACCCAAAUUUGGGGAAAUCUCCAAGCCCUGUUCAAAGAAUAGAUCCUCACACUGGGACAAGUAUUCUUUAUGUACCUGCUGUCUAUGGAGGGAAUGUAGUUAUGUCGGUGCCUUUACCUGUACCAUGGACAGGGUACCAGGGCAGGUUCGCAGUUGAUCCUCGGAUCCUUACACACCAAGCAGCGAUGGCCUACAAUAUGAACCUCUUACAGACACACGGACGGGGGUCUCCCCUACCGUAUGGCCUUGGGCACCACCCACCCGUCAGCAUAGGGCAGCCACAAAGCCAGCAUCAGGAGAAGGAUCAACAUGAGCCAAGUCGAAAUGGUAAAAGUGAUACAAAUAAUCCUGGACCUGAAAUUAGUAAGAUUCGAACACCAGAGAAAAAGCCUAUGGAAUCCAAACAGAUUGAUUUGGAAUCAAAUCCACAGAACAGAAGUCCUGAGUCGCGUCCUGGUGUUGUUUAUCCCAAUACCAAAUUUCAUCGCAAAGAUAAUCUCAACCCGAGACAUAUAAAUCUUCCUCUCCCUGCUCCCCACGCACAGUAUGCAAUCCCCAAUCGUCAUUUUCAUCCCCUUCCCCAGCUACCAAGACCACCAUUUCCAAUUCCGCAGCAGCACACCUUGUUAAAUCAGCAGCAGAAUAAUUUGCCUGAACAACCAAAUCAGUUGCCGCCCCAACCGAAUCAGGUAGUCCCGCCACAGAAUCCGUUGAAUCAGCUGACUCAGCAGCCACCUCCUCAACUUUCCCCUGCCUAUCAGGCAGGGCCCAACAGCGCUUUCUUUAAUAGUGCGGUCUCUCACCGGCCCCAGUCCCCUCCUGCAGAGGCUGUGAUUCCUGAGCAGCAGCCCCCUCCCAUGCUGCAGGAAGGCCACAGCCCUCUUCGGGCCAUCGCACAGCCCGGCCCCCUCCUUCCUUCCCAUCUGAAUAACUUCACUGAUGAGACUCCCCCGGGAUUGCCAAUCGGGGAGGCUUUAGAUCGUAUGCAUGGGAGUGUAGCUCUGGAAACACUGAGGCAGCAGCAGGUGCGGCUCCAGCAGUGGAAUGAGCAUCACGCCUAUCUCAGUCAGGGCAGUAUUCCGUACCCUCACCACCAUCCUCAUCCUCACCUCCAGCAUCUUCCUCAGCCGCCAGUGAGAGCGGACUGGAAGCUCCCCAGCAGCGCGGAGGACGAAGCAGAAACCGCAGACUCCAGGUUUCAAGACUUAAUCAGAGAACUGUCUAAUCGUGAUCAAAGUGAAACACGGGAACUGGCUGAAAUGCCACCACCUCAAUCAAGACUUUUGCAAUAUAGACAAGUUCAGAGCAGGAGCCCGCCAGCAGCCCCGCCUCCCCCGUCCAGCACGGACCACAGUGGCCACUUUUCUAACUUUAAUGACAGUAGCAGAGACAUCGAAGUAACCAACAACCCAGCAUUUCCGCAGCGCCUGCCGCCCCAGCUCUUCAGCUCACCGUUCUCAUUGCCAUCCGAACACCUUGCCCCUCCUCCCUUGAAAUACCUGGCGCCUGACGGAGCGUGGACUUUUGCUAACUUACAACAGAGUCACCUAAUGGGGCCGGGUUUUCCCUACGGCCUGCCUCCCUUGCCUCACAGACCACCGCAGAACCCUUUUGUACAAAUACAGAAUCAUCAACACGCUAUUGGUCAAGAGCCAUUUCACCCACUGUCAUCUCGAACAGUAUCUUCUUCUUCGCUCCCUAGCUUAGAAGAGUAUGAACCCAGAGGACCUGGUCGGCCCUUGUACCAAAGAAGAAUCUCCUCUAGCUCAGUCCAGCCUUGUUCUGAAGAAGUAAGCACUCCUCAAGACAGUCUUGCUCAGUAUAAAGAGCUUCAGGACCAUAGUAGCCAAUCUUCUUUCAACUUUUCAUCCCCGGAGUCCUGGGUAAACACCACCUCAUCUACCCCCUAUCAGAACAUUCCGUGUAAUGGACCCAGCAGGACAGCUCAACCCAGAGAGUUGAUAGUUCCACCACCCAAGACCGUCAAACCCCCUGAGGAUCAGCUGAAGUCCGAGAGCCUCGAGGUGUCCAGUUCCUUCAACUAUAAUGUGCUGCAGCAUCUCGGCCAGUUCCCCCCACUCAUGCCCAACAAGCAGAUCGCGGAGUCGGCCAGCAGCAGUAGCCAGCAGAGCUCGGGGGGCAGCAAGCCCGCCAUGUCCUACGCCAGCGCUUUGCGGGCCCCUCCCAAGCCCAGGCCCCAGCCUGAGCAGGCCAAGAAGAGUAGCGACCCUCUGUCUCUGUUCCAGGAACUCAGCCUGGGGAGCUCAUCAGGCAGCAAUGGCUUUUACUCCUAUUUUAAAUAAUCACUUUUUUUCCCCCUCCAGGGCGAAUGUUUUGAUUUUUGUUUAUAUCAAUAGAAUUAAGAUAGUUGGACUUCCUCUAUAGAUGCACAGUUCCCUUUGUUUUAAUAUUAAAUAUGUUCUCACUUAAUUGCUUUGCUGCUAGACUUGCAACUAAUUUUUUAAAAGUAUAUUCCAUUAUUUUGCAUUUUUGACGUGUCUUUUGACAGCUUUUAUGUAGAAUAAAAAAUAUUUUUAAAUUUGUGUAUUGUUACAUAUGUUUGCAUCAAGCUAGCAGCUAAGAGUUAAUUGUGCAACUAUAAAAAAAAAAAAAGAAAAAAAAACUUUGUCUAAAAUGUAUUUAAAAAGAAAAAAAAUUGUAAGUAGCAUUUACAUUUAUUCAAUAAUAUUACCAUAUGCUGGGUUUCUGUACCAGAAAUGGCCAGUUGAUGUACAAAUGUAUGUUAUUUUUGCUUAAAUUCAUUUAAAAUUUUUUAAAAUAAAGGGGCAGCAUCUUCUAAAUACUUUAAGUUUUAUCAGUUUUUUUUUUUUUUUGUGACAAGAUGCUGCAUUCUAAAACUUUUAUAGUUUUAGACUCUGUAUGAUGUGCUGUUGUAAUCUCCAUCCACUGUAGGAUAGAGUUAAAGGCAUUCUUUGCAAAUGUAUCUUGUAUGCCACUGUUUUUUGUAACAUGAAAAAACAUUGGCAUAGUUAGUUAUUUUUUGGACAAGCUGUACUUCAAGCUUGUUUUUAACGUUAAUUUGAUAGUGUGUGUGUGUGUGUGUUUUUUUUUUAAACAAAUCAUGAAGCUGAAAAAUUUUUAGGAUUGUUGGUGCUUAGUAGACUUGAUAACUAUUUUAAAAAUGCGUGAAUUUAGUAAAAUCCUUUUUUUCUCACUAUGCAUGUGUAAAUGUUUGUAAUCUGGCUUUCUCCCCCCCUCUCCCCCCAGUGGUAUAAAGAAUUGUGCCGCUUUAAGGUUUGUUUUUUUUUUUUUCCCCCUCCAGUAAAAAUUUUGGUACCUUAUUUGAUGUUUACAUUAAAAUGUGACAUUAUUCAUGGCAAUUCAAAUAUUUUGCUAACUGUUUUGUUUGAGGAACAUCAUUAAAAAGAAAGCUGAUAUUUGUCCAA